AUUCUGGACCUCCCUUUUUCCUGAAUUUUCUCGCACCCACUGCUCCCCUCUUGUAAAAAAUCAACAAUUUUCUUCUCUUCCCCAGAAAAGCAACACUCGCUGAGUCACUUCCCACUCUCAAACCCGAGAACAGUAAAGAGGUAAAUUCCCCAAAAAAUGUCUCUCUCGACUCGACAAAGGCGAGCGACGGUGUCGGAUAUUCCGUCAUCGUCGCCACCACAAUCUUCGAAGCCAGAAUCAUACACGAAAGAGGACAAACCAGGACGAUCAUCAUCAUCUGACAGCGUGGGGGAAGACCGUGUAUUGGGGUGGUUCACGGUGUUGUUUGCUUUGGGAAUGCUACGGUACAUGAGCGCCACAUCGAAUAUAAUACACGACUGCGAUGGAGUCUUCAAUUAUUGGGAGCCUCUUCAUUAUCUUCUCUAAAAAUCCGGAUUCCAAACUUGGGAGUAUAGAUUCUGUACUUUGUGUUGGAAGUGAGUGGCAUCGUUACCCAUCAUCAUUUUUUGUGCCUGAUCAUAUUGGUGUGGUGAGAUGGAUUGAUGAUGGAUUCCGAGGUAUUCUUCCAUUCCCUUUCAAGGAUACUCUGGGAGGGACUGCAGCUGCACCACCAUACUUCAACAAUAAAAACAAAGAAUCAGAUGAGCAAUAUCUCCAAGAUGUUCGAGCUUGUACAUUCCUAGUUGAGCUGCAGCUGAACCGGCCUUACCCUUAUUGUGGAAAUGACCCAUCAACAUGGGAGCCUAUUGCAGCACUACCAUACUUGGACAGGGAGCUCUCACUUGCCAAAUAUUGGUCAUUUUUCAUCCCGUACUUGUGGCAGGAGAAGAAUGUCUUUGGCAUGUACAAACUUCUGCAGAGAGUAUCAAAGCUAGAAUGAUGAAUGACAUGUUAGUUGUUUCUCCUUAUUUCCUCGUCUUUUUUCCUUCAGAAGUAUCGUGCCCAUUGACUGCCUAGAAUGGCAUUUUUCCACAUUUUUCAUGUUAUUCCAAGUGGGAAAAAUGGAAAAGGAAAAUUUAUAACACUAACAUUCAUGGAACCCAGCGAUUAGACCAUUUUGUAGUUGUAUAUGAUACUGAAG